AUGGGAGGAGGCAGUGGCUCUGGGAACUGGAAUCCUUCCCUGCAAGACUCACCCACAACCCGGGAUCUCUGUCUGGGACUGAGACCACAUGCCCCCUAUCCUGUAGCUGCUGAGGUCAAACAGCCCAAAGACAGAGCAGAGUGGCAGGCAAUGGAGCCUGAGGAGCCAGGUGAGGCACAUGUCAGGGUGGUGGUCACAGGGCUGGACAUUUUCAGAAACCACAUUUUCCUCAGAACAGGCCCUGCUCCUGCUGCCGUCGCUCUGGUGCCCUGCCAUCCUCAGCCUAGUCCAGACUACCGCCUCCUCACAGGUCUCCUGCUUCCCCGUCCUCCCACCGUUGCUAUCCACACUGCACUGGAGGGGUCUUUAAACCCUGAAUGCUCUUCCUUCUCAGGGGAGCAUCAAGGAAGACAAGCCCAAGGCCCAAGAUACUGCAUUCCCAGCAGAUGCCUUCCACGUGAGUUUCCAAAAAUGCCAGCAGUCUCAGCAGGCAUACUCCUUUCUGUUCUUGCUUCUGUGAUGCUUCUACCCCUCGCCACUGGAAUGGAGCCACAGCCCCUAAGGAGCAAGCCUGGGACAUUUCAGGACGUGGCUGUAGACUUCACACAGGAGGAAUGGGGGCUGCUGGGCCCCACACAGAGGAUCCUCUACCGUGACGUGAUGCUGAGGAACUACAGCAACUUGGUGUCCCUGGGACUUCCCGAUUGCAAACCAGAUGUGAUCUCCAAGCUGGAGCAGUGGGAAGACCCCUGGACUGUGAAGAGAGAUGUCCCAAGAGGUCCAGUCUCAGAGCCUGAGCCCCGAGCUGCAUGGCUGCCUCUAGAGAAGGGUGCUCUGUCUCAGGGGCAGAUGACAGUGGGACUCUCAGGGCAGGAUUUCUGGCACACCAUCCAGAAAGAAGUCACAGAACAUGAAGGCCAGGUGGCAGAGAGACAAUGCCAAGCAGUGACACUCAGCCAGGGGAAGAAGAGCCCAGAGUGGAGCUUUGCAGGAACUUUCUCCUGGCACCCAUUCUUCACUGAGCAUCAGUGCAAUCCUCCAAGGGCUCAAGCUCCCACAAGCCACGUUGGCAAAAAGGGCCUCACCUGCAUUUCAGUCCUAGAUCAGGGGCACCCCUGCCAAGAAGAGAGACUGUGUAUGGAAGCCCUCAGCUCUCUUCCAGACCUUAGUCACCCUCAAGGAGCUCCCAUUGCGGGGGACACAUUGGUGUGUGGUGGGUGGGGAGAUGCCUUUGGCAAGAACACAUGCCUUGUGGGCUGUCAACAGAUUCCUGAUAAACGGAAGCCCUACCCAUGCGAGGAGUGUGGGAAGGCCUCUGGACAGAGCACACAUCUCGUCCAACACCAGAGAGCCCACACGGGUGGGAAGCCGCACACGUGCCAGGAGUGUGGACGGGCCUUCAGCAAGAACUCGUCCCUGGUUAAGCACCAGCGCAUCCACACAGGCGAGAGGCCCUAUGAGUGCAGCCACUGCAGCAAGCACUUCCGAGAGCGCUCCUCCCUGGCCAGACACCAGCGGGUGCACACGGGCGAGCGGCCCUAUGCGUGCGGAGACUGCGGGAAGACCUUCAGCCAGAGCACGCACCUCGUGCAGCACCAGCGGGUCCACACUGGGGAGAAGCCGUUCGCCUGUGGUGAGUGUGGCAGAGCCUUUGCCGACUCCUCAGCCCUCCUGGUCCACCACAGAAGCCACACGGGGGAGAGGCCGUUUGAGUGCCGCACGUGCUGCAAGGCGUUCAGCCUCAGCUCAUCGCUGACCGAGCAUGAACGCUGCCACACAGGAGAGAAGCCGUACGCGUGCCGGCAAUGUGGGAAGGCCUUCAGCCAGAGCUCCUCCCUCAGCAAGCACCUGAGGACACACACGGGUGAGAAGCCGUACGCGUGCGGGCACUGUGGCCGUGCCUUCAGCCAGAGCUCCUCCCUGGCCAAGCACCAGCGGGUGCACACGGGCGAGCGGCCCUACGCGUGUGGGGAAUGCGGGAAGACCUUCAGCCAGGGCUCCUACCUGAGCCAGCACCUCAAGAUCCACAGCGGCGAGAAGCCAUUCAUGUGCGGUGAGUGCAGGAAACCCUUUGGCGAUUCCUCAGCCCUCGUCCUGCACCAGCGGGUGCACACGGGCGAGCGGCCCUACGCGUGUGGAGAAUGCGGGAAGACCUUCAGCCAGAGCAAGUUCCUCACCCAGCACGAGAGGAUCCACGCGGGGGAGAAGCCCUUUGUGUGUGGCGACUGUGGAAGGGCCUUCGUGCAGAGCUCCUCCCUCACCCUCCACCGCAGGACACACACUGGGGAGAAGCCUUACCAGUGCAACGAGUGCGGCAAGGCUUACACCCAGGUGUCGCACCUCACUGAGCAUUACCGGGUGCACACGGGGGAGCGGCCCUACGUGUGCAACGUGUGCAGCAAAGCCUUCAGCCGUGGCACACACCUCGUGCAGCACCAGCGUGUCCAUGCGGGCGCCAGGCCCUUCAUUUGCAGCCUGUGCCGGAAGACCUUCCGCGAGGCUGCGGCCCUCAUUCUGCAUCAGAGGGUUCACGCUGCACGGAAGCCCUCUGAGUGUCACACGUGUGAGAAGAACUUCAGCCAGAGCAGAUCUCUGGUCCAGCACCGGAAAAUUCAUUCCCAGGGGACACCGUGAGUGCAGGUGGUCGGGUCCAAGAACCAGCUAAAUCCAGCUCAUGGGUUUGAAGUCCAGCGCUACCCAAAUGCGCUCUGGGUCUUUACUCUCUGCCUCAUGUUCCUUGGCUGUAAACUGGGGAUGGUGACCCCCUCCCUGCAAGGACUUCACAUGUUAACUUGAAGAGGAGUAUGUCCAGUGUGAGUGUUGUUCCGCCAGGAAGCAGUUUCCGCCAGAGGCAGGUCAGUGAUGGUCAUCGACUGGCUGCGGUUGGGCGAUGAGAAGGAAGUGCAGCCAACAGCUGGCAUGAAUGGCCCUGCAGGAGCCUGGCUGGCCGGGGGGAGGGGCGGCACUUGUAGGGGCAUGGGCUUGCAGAUGGGAACCCCCCGAGCUUUUCUGGCUUCUGAUGGUCAGGGCAGAGGCUGGCACAGGACCACACAGGAGUAGGGUCAUAUCCACAGAAGGCCCUGAGGCGAUUCAUUCUUCUCAUAAGGCCAGUCUCCAGGUUCUUUGCCCGUUCCUAUUGAUGGCUCAAAUGCGUGUGUCUCCUACCAAAUGUCUGUCUGCAAAGAGCUGUCCAGACACUGUGCAGAGGGCAGGGGAGCUGUGGGCACCAGCUGCAGGAGGCAGAGGCUGGGCAUCCAGGCCCAGCCAGACUGUCCUGGGGCAGGAGGCAGGGGGAGUCCAUGGGGCCUCAAGGCUCUCACUUCACCCCUUGGGUGGUGUGCAUCUGCCCUUGAACACACCCUCACAAAACAUCGCAUGCUCGCACACUGACAAAACACUCUCUCUGUGACCAAACUUGAGUCAGGCUCUUCUGAGCAGUUUUUGAUGAGGCCUCAAACUUCAAGCUCCUGUGGCCUUCAUUAUAGAGUCUAGCCAGGUCAGUUUAGUAAGAAUCUCCCACCCUCCAAAUGUGUCUACUUGGGUUCCUCAUCCUCCCCCUCCUCCCGGUGAUGUCUGACCAUCCUGGCCUGCCUUCAGCGAGAACCCUGUUAGAUACCGCUUACCCCUGAGGGGAGCAGCAGAGGGAGAGGGAGAAGCAGGCUCCCCGCCGAGUAGGGAGCCUGACGCGGGGCCGGAUCCCAGGACCCUGGGAUGAUGACCUGAGCCGAAGGCAGACGCUUAACGACUGAGCCACCCAGGUGCCCCGAGGUGAGAGUUUCUUAUCUCCACUUCUCCAUGUUACAAAGUCAGGUUUAUUAUCUCCAUGCUAUGGAGAAAGUAGAGACCCAGAGAUGUAAAAUCAUCUGGCUGAGCAGGAGAGAGUAAGAAGCACAACUGGGAACUGAGAUCAGCUAGGUCCCUCUCUGUAGGCUGUACUCCUAUUGUAUCACCCUGCUCCUUAGCCAGUGGUUCUCAGCCUUGCCUACACAUGAGAAUUGCCUGGAUAAAAAUCUGGAUGCCCAAGCCAAACCCCAAACCAGUGAAAUUUGGAUCUGUGGUAGACAGAGUAAUGCCUCCUCGCCCCACUUAAAGCUUCCCACACCCUAAUCCCCAGAACCUGUGAAUAUGAUACAUGACAGAAGAGAAUUUGCAGAUGGGGAAGAGUAUCCUGGGUCACCAGGUGGAUCCGAUGUCAUCACAAGAUCCUUAUAAGUGAAAGAGAGAGGCAAAGAGGGUCAGAGUCAGAGAAGGAAAUAAGACGACAGUGAAGCAGACAUGAAACAAGAAAGUGGAAGAGGCAAGGAAAUAGGUUUUCACCUGGAGCCUCUAGAAGGAACUGGCCCUGCCACCAGGGCAAUUUUAGCCCAUGAGACCCAUUUUGGACUUCUGACCUCCAGAAAUGUAAGGUAAUAGAUUUUUUUUUUUUUUAAGAUUUUAUUUAUUUAUCUGAGACAG